AUGCGUAGAAUCUAUCCAUGGUUCAUUUUAAUUACUGCUGCUUUGAGUGUGAUCUUCUUAGGUGGGAAACGAAGAGCAUUUGGAAUAUUUGUCGCUAAACUACACUCAGAAUUCAAUGAAACAACUUUGGCUGAAUUAAACUGGAUUGGUGAUUCAUAUGCUGCGGUGGGGUAUCUAAGCACAACGCUAACUACGUCCAUCAUACUGGGAACUGGUCGAUGGUAUGGAUUGUCACAAUUUUUCGGAGCAUGUUUUGUUCUCUUAGCGUGUUUAACUAGUGCAUUUGUACCAAGUCCACAUUGGUUAUUUUUAACGCAUACAUUAUUUCAUGGCAUUGGUUCAUCGCUUGUACUGAGUACAUCUGGUCUAGUUGUAAAUGAACAUUUCGAUAAAAAUCACCGUUAUCAUAUUCUGGCGACUACAUUAGUGUCUGGUGGGUCUGUAGCUUCCAUAUUAUUUGUCGAGUUGUACGCAGUGUUAAUUGAUUAUCAUGGAUGGCGGUCAGCAUUUAUUGUUCUCGGUGUAUUGUACUUUUUCGUAUUGUUAUUGGGUGCAUUUAUAUUUCAUAAAGAUCCUACAAAAUCAGAUCAUCAAAGUACCAAGAUGGAUGGACGCAAUCGGCUGAAUAUGUGUUGGCAACAAAGGAUACUGCUGAUACUUUGGACAGUAGAUCGAAUUAUCACAAGUAUUGUCACCUACGGUAUGCUGCUGAAUCUUGCCGACUACAUGUAUCGACAUGAAUCUUCACUGCAGAACAGUGUACUGUUGACAAAUUUAUUUGCGGCAGGUGAAGCAACAACCUAUUUAAUUGGAGCUUCAUUAACUGGGAUAACGAAGGAUUUCUUGAGAAAUCGUCUGAAAUAUAUUUUAAUUGGAACAAGUAUUGGUAUGGCGUUCGGUUUGAUAACAUGGGAAUUUUUAGCCUAUAGUCGUGUAAUGAGUUCAUUUCUAUCCUAUGCAACCGGAUUCUGCCUUGGACCAUCAGUAACGUUUUUGUUUCCAGCUGGCGAAGAAAUGACUCUACUGCCAGGUCAUUUAGCUUAUCCUUUCUCAUUAGGUGGAAUGGGUAUUGGUAUGGCACUAUCACCGAUUCUCUCUGCCUUCAUCGCACAAACAUUUAAGUAUCGAUGGUUUUUCUUAGUCCAGGGUGUUAUUGUUAUCAUUAAAUGCAUCUGUUUAAUAUGUUCCUGGAUGGUAUUAAAGAAUUUAACAAAAUCUCUAAUGGUUAUUGCUGAAACAGAAUCAACUCAUGCACAAAGUGAAAUCUCAAUUCAGCAUAAUACAGAUACAAUUGUUUCCCAUUCAGAAAUGAAUUACAAAGUAUGUCAUAAAUCAACACCUGGAAUUUGUUCAUCCAUAAAUAGUGAAGCAGAAUAUUUGAUUAGUCCAAUCACACAGAAACGUUCCAUUCCUAAAGUUGUAUCAUCAAUCGAUAUAUGAUAUUCUAAAAACCUAAAGUAAGGGAUAACAGCUAUCACACUCAGCAACUUUUGAGUCAGGAAUGGCAUUUGUAACUCUGCAAUCUACAAGAGACUCAUUUCCAAAUUAAGACUUACCGGUUGGGCCUAAUUCUUUGUCAAAAUUCAUCACAUUUGUAUGUAUAGCUUGCGGGUUUCAAAAGAAGGAAAAAUUUGGAAUUUCAGUGAAUGAUUUCUUCCGUCCACAGUAUUCAGUCCUUAGUGACCUAUCCGCUUUUUGCAUAAUGGCCUUGGAACUGCUGACUAUUGAAUCUUGAUAUCAUUGUGCUGUCAAGAAGUGGGAUUCAAACAUACAUUUCAUUCUGACUG